AUGAAUUCCGUCGAUGCCUCCGAGCAUUAUGAGCUCGGUGUGACAGAUCUCGCGCCCUCUCUCCUGACCGUCGUUCUCGAUACCAACCCGCAUGCCUGGGCCUUACUCGAAGAUUCCCUACCUCUCUCCAAAGCUGUCGCAAACAUUCUCGUCUUCAUCAAUGCCCAUCUUGCUUGCAACUAUGCGAACGAGGUCGCUGUUGUCGCAUCACACAGCCAAAAAGCAGCAUGGCUAUAUCCUUCACAGCACAAUGAGUCCUCCAAAACAUCCGCAGAUCAUGAUGGGGACAUCUCGAUGAAUGGAGGCGGAGCAUCGAAAACCCAGACAAACAAAUACCGCCCAUUCCGCUUAGUAGAGGAACAAGUCACUCAGAACCUGAAAGAGUUGAUGGACACGACUAGCAGUGACGACCUCCGCAGCAACACAUCGACAAUGCUAGCAGGCGCUCUAACUCUAGCGCUCAGCCAUAUCAACCGACGUACAAUUGCCUGGGCUGAAGAACAUGGUGGCGCCGAUCUAGAGGAGGCAGCAGCGGAAGGCGGCGGCACCGGGGCAGCGCCGCCCGCGCCCGGUCGAUACUCGGCUUCAAAUGACGACGAGCGGCUCCAGAGUAGGAUCUUGAUCGUCUCGGUCAGCGGGUCCAGCGAUUCAGCGCACCAGUAUAUCCCUGUCAUGAAUGGCAUAUUCGCCUGUCAGCGGUUGCACAUCCCGAUCGAUGUGUGCAAGCUCAGCGGCGAUGCGGUCUUCCUGCAGCAGGCCUGUGACGCUACCAAGGGCGUGUACAUGUCCCUGUCGGAACCGCGUGGGUUGCUCCAGUAUCUGAUGAUGGCGUUCUUGCCUGAUCAGCGCUCGCGGAAACACUUGGUGCUCCCUACUCGGGUGGAUGUGGAUUUCCGUGCGGCCUGCUUUUGCCACCGACGUGUCGUGAAUAUCGGCUUCGUCUGUUCCAUUUGUUUGAGCAUAUUCUGCGAACCGCCUCCAGAAAGUACUUGUUUAACAUGUGGAACUCCUCUAGACAUAGGUGAUUAUGGCGGGAAGCCUGCUCUUAUACCGAGAAAGAAGAAGAAAAAGAAGAGAGCCAACGGGGCCUCGGCAGUGGGAACUCCCAUGUCAACGGGAACACCAACUCCUGGCCCUUGA